AUGGCCGAUUUAUACACCAAAGCUGCCCCGCCUGUGGUCCUAGAACCUCCUGCUCCUACUCAGAACCCACAGAAUGACCCACAGUCCGGUGCUAACGUCGGCCAACCACCUGCAGCACCUUUUAAUCAACCUGGACUCCCGCCAUAUCAAAACCCCUCUGCCCCCCCUCCACCUAUCCAACAACAAUUUGUCCAACCUCCACUCCAGCCCUUCAAUAUGCAACAACCCGGUAUACCUCAGCAAGUAUAUACGAUCGGGAUGCCCCCCGGCCAGGUCUACUAUCAGCCGCAACCUAUGCCCGCCAUGAUGAUUGUUCCGGGCGGCGGAAACAGGAACGUGAAGAAUCUCCCCAUGGACUCAGAUGGUCGUGAAUGGAGCCACGGAUUAUGCGACUGGGGUUCUGACGUCGGUACUUGCCUUAUCGCGACGUUCGUCCCAUGCGUCGUUUACGCUCAAAAUAAACGACGAUACGAGCAUCUCAGCAGAGGCAUAGCGGAUCCCCGACGAGGCGGCUCUGGGAUCAAUGAUGACUGCUUGAUGUAUGGUGGUAUCACCUUCUGCUUCGGUGUCGGUUGUGUCCUUCAGAUUCCGCUCCGUGGCUAUCUCCGCAGAAGGUACUCCAUCAGAGGAAGCAGCUUCGAAGAUUUCCUGGUAUCUUGGUUCUGCACUCCCUGCGGAUUAACCCAAGAAAGUCGCGAGCUGGAGUUGGAGGAAUCUAGCAUGGGAGUAGUAUAG